CGUCAUUCAACCACUAGUUAAGAAAACAUUCUACUAGCAGACUUAUUAUCACCAUUUAAAUAGAAUGGAUCGGGUCACUAGCUUGGCAUCGCAGAAGGCGGUGGUGAUAUUCAGCAAGAGCUCAUGCUGCAUGUGCCAUGCAAUCAAGUGGCUGUUAUAUGAUCGGGGCGUGAGCCCGGCAGUAUACGAGCUGGAUGAGCUGGACACCUGGGGCCGGGAGAUGGAGUGGACCCUCGUGAGGCUCGGGUGCAGCCCCUCGGUCCCAGCGGUGUUCAUUGGCGGGAAGCUUGUCGGAUCUGCCAGCUCUGUCAUGACCCUCCAACUCAAUGGCUCGCUCAAGAGGAUGCUCAUUGAGGCCGAAGCUAUCUGGCUUUGAUUUGCUGAUCACUUCUUAAUCAACGUACUCCUUACUUCAUGCCAAUGCGGCUCUUUAGAGGGUAUAUUUUGUAAGGAGAGAACAUUUAUGAAGUGUCCAAAUUUUUUGGUCACUUCCUCGUUUUUCAUUUUAAACAAUUAUCUUUUUCGGGGCUAAAAAUCCAUAAAUUUUCUUUAAGGUGUCUACUGUGAUAUGUUGCAUAAAUUUUUAUUUUCUUUCUCCUUAUUAUAUUACUAGCUGGAUAAACAAAAGUUUAU